CUUAAUUAUUGCUUUAUUCAUUUAGAGUAUGGAGAUAAAGAUUAAAAGACAACUCUCAGGAGCUGUUUUUGUCUUACCAUGUAGGUAGGUCCCAGGGACCAAGCUCAGAUUGCCGGUCUUGGUAGCAGGUGGCCUCGCUCCAUGAACUGUCUCACCAGCCCUGGGACUUUUUUGAGUGCUGAUAUGGCACAGAGGUGUUUCAUAUUUUUUUGAGCAUUUCUGAUUUUAAGAACCCACACUACUGCAGUUCAGAUCUGAAAUGCACGAUAAGACACACCUGCUCUCUGAAGUUAGCGUGUGCAAAUACAUCUCCUGCUUUGCAGUCUAACUGCCGUCCUGCGGACACAGGUGAGGGGGAGACAAGCCUUCUCCAGAACCAUGGGCCAUCGUGGUAUGUGUGUGUGUGUAAUAGAGAGAGAGAGAGAGAGAGAGAGAGAGAGAGAGAGAGAGAGAGAGAGAGAGAGACAGAGACAGAGACAGAGACAGAGACAGAGAGAGACACACACAGAGAGAGAGGAUGAAUGAGAGAGCAGCUUCCAUUUCUCAGCAUCCCCCUGCUUGCUGUGCUGGGCCUGGAACACACCAGGCCAGGCCGGCCUCAGAGGUUUGACCUCACGGAUCUCUUUAGAUUGUUUCUUCAGCUUGCCUUGUUCCUUGACCUCCUUCUGGUCUUCUCCCACAUGUCACCUUCUCAGUGAAGCCUCUUUACCUCCUGUUUACUGCUGCAAUACCUCCAUCUCCACUUUCCAGCAUUUUACCUUACCAUUUUCUCUGAGGCUUUUUAAGCACUGUCUGGUAGUCAAUUUAUUACCUACAGAGAUUAUGUUUGUGGCUCCUGUCCAAGUGUCUGGAAUAGGGCCCGGCAUAUAACAGGGCCAGGUCAGUGCAAAUGCUUUUCCCUGACACAGUCGCUGGCAAGCAAUGGGUGCUGCUGGGUUUGCUGCUAUCCUGUGGACAACUUAUUGACUGAAGGGAGUUUGAAGCACCUGCGAACUAGAUAGCCUGCUCAAGGGUACAGAUGCAGAACAAGGGUAAGGGCAGAAGGACAACUCAGCUGACUCUGCCCUUUCAUCCUACUAGAGAGAGACUGACUAGUCAGCUCUCUUAUUUGGGAAAGACUUUUUGGAAAUGCCUGUAGUUGUCCCAAAGCUCAAUGCACUGCCUCUCUCAUAGUAUGGCUGCAACAAAUGUUUAUAACGUGUUUUAUUUACUUCAGUGUUUCAUUGCAAAUAGGGCACAACAGCUCUAGUUCUUUGGGGGUAAAUUUGGCAGGCAGGUGUCUGCCAGCCCCCCAGAGUAGCAGUGAACAACCUGCACCAAGCUCUUCCGCUCAUCCUCGGAAAGCUUUUCCAAGAUGCAGGUUGAGCACCUAGCUUUCUCAGCACGUUGACCGUCGACCGUGAAGGUAUCUAGGUGUCCAGUCCCUUCUCCGGUCAGAGGGCUAUCCCAGCCUACCUUUCCUUCUCACGAUCUGGGAACCCUGGGCGGAGGAAAGUCCCCCUCAACGAGGACCUCGCCAGCGCAGGGCAGGGUUCAGCCCCGCGCGCGGGAGCUGGGGGCGCGCGGUGGUUUCGCGCGGGGAUGCGCGCGCGCGCCUGCCUCGCCUCCCUUGCCCGCUCCUGUGCUACGUGCUUUCUUUGUCAAUGAGGCGCCGCUCGGAGCUGCAGUAGCUUUCGCGGCUGGAGCCAGAGCCUAGCGAUCCAGUGAACCGACAGAGAUAGAGACCUGGGCGCAGGGGCGGCGGCGGGCGGCACGCUGCACGAGCUAGGUCCGCGGGUCUCCGUGUCUCGCAGCCUCGCGCUCGAGGUGUAGCAUCCGGCCCUGGGGAGGGGACCGGGGCGCCGCCCGUCCCACCCUCGCCGCACCGUGGGAACCCCCAUGCAACCCCGGUACCCGCGCGCCUGAAGCCGCGGCUCCAUUGAGCCCGCCUCCCACCGAGGCAGGACGAGCGAGCAGCUCGCACCUCCUGCCUCCCUCCGACUCCCGGGCCAUGGCCCGAGAUGCCCGGUGAGGAGCGGUGCGCGGAGGGCUGGGCUCACCGGCGCGGUGUGGAACGAGGCAGCGGCCUGGAUGUAUGAACAGUCCCUAUGGCUCUGCAGGAGGCGAAGCCCCAGGGCCCGAGCGAAGCUGAGCCGGCAGCGCGGGAGCCCAGGGACCGGCUCCGGGAGCAAGGGCUCUGCGGGGCGGGCGGGAUCGCCGCGCGUUGCCAGGGCGUGAGAAGCUCCGAGGCCCGCCGGUCCGAGGAUGUGCUGCUGCGGCGGCCGCUGCUGCUGGGACUCUUGCUGCUGGCUGCCCUCUCCGGGCACUGCUGGGCCGACUCCGGGACAGACAAUCUACAGAUACAUGUCACUCCGACCUCAGAGUCCUUUCCCCUUGGGAAAUUGUUACCAAUUUCACCAACAUGGCCUUUCUUGGAAGUCAAGUCUUCCUCAGCAGCAGACAGAUUCAAGAAUGUGCUGGGACAGCCUCCUGACAACACAACCUUGCUGAAGCUAUCCCAGACACCUCUGCCUAAGGCACACCGUAGGACCAGGGCACAUGUGGACUUCUCUUCAUCCCCUUACCAAGGAAGUGGACAUAGCGCCUCCCUGGAUCUUGCCAAGGACCCCACUGAGACUCUGGUCCAAACAAGGCCUGAAGGGGGAAGAGAAGCAGCGGACAUGUCAGGUUUGCCUCGCACCAGCAUGCUUCCCCCAUUACCUACAGCCCCAUCAGCCACCUCGAGUGCUGUCUCCCCAUCACAGCCCCUGGUAGGGAUGCCUUUCCUUUCAAAGCAUCCGUUGAGGUCAGACAGCUCCCUUCUUCUCCCUCCACCAUCAUCAUCUUCAUUGGCCCCUGAUUCACCACAUUCCAUCCCCACUCCUAAGCCAGUACAGCAUCCCACCAAAGUGCCUUUGUUUCCCCAAAUGACACCAGCUGACUUCUCUUCAGGUCAGAGCCCAGUUAAUGUCCUGAACCCAUUUUUUCAUAAAACAAACCUCUUUCCAUCCAGAGAUGCCCAGACUCUCAUAGGUACCCCUCGCCUAGACUUUUCUACAUCCUCCACAAAGCAGUACUCUGAGCCGUCCCUAUCAGAGAGUCCCCGCCCAGCAGCUUCCCCAACUCCUGGGGUUCUGAGCUCCAUAGCAGAACAAGACCACCUGUCUCUCCCUUCCCUAGCCCCUGGAGGCCUUCCAGGUGUAACCUCCUCACGGUCCAUGUGGGAAGAGGCUUUGAGUCCUGUAUCUACCCAGCCAUUCCGCACAUCGGGGCCUGUCAGAGGGCGUGGUGCAGAGUCAUUGCCCAUUUAUCUGCGCACAUUGGCAGCAAGCUAUGGGGCCUGGGCCCCACGAUUCCAGACUGCAGAGUCAGUGAUGACCAGCAGAGAGCUAGCCCCUGUUCCUCCUACAAAUAGUUUUGCCAACUGGCCACAUUUGUCAGAAGUGCCAGAGAGUUCCAGAAAGCCCACCCUCUCCCCAGAAAACAAACCUUCCUCUUUGGUGCCUCCUCCUCAGCCUCUUACUACACUCAGUCAAGGGCAAAUGGUCCAUCCUGAGGCAGCUCCUGGAUCACCACUGAAGGGGACAGGCACCCCUCUCUCCCUGCUUACUGUCCGCCAGCCCAAUAAGGAUCACGCCUCUCCAGCCCCUGUGCCAGAGGCACCCUUGUCCCGAGAAGGUGCCCAUGAUGAAUACCUUCCUGAUGCAGCCACACAGCUUCUCUCAAGCAAACUUCCUAAUCCUCCUCCUACAAUUUGGACAUUUCCUCAGCAAAAGGAGGACAGGGCAGCAGCCAUUUUCUGGACAAAUGAAAAGGCAAACGGGACAACUUCUCUGUGGGCUCUGCCAACGAAAGAGGCCCCCAGUCGUCGUGCAGUGACUGGAUCCACCUCUGAUUUUAACACAGGUCGUCUCUCACCUCUCAUCAUGACAGCACUAAGAACAGACCUCUCUCCUCCAGGGUCACCUCCAUCAUCCGCGCUCACCACACAAGCUGCUUCUCCUCGCUCUUCCGGUACCAAGCUGGAGUCUCUCGCAGCUGUCACAAGCCAGUCAGAGUUGCCAGCUUCGGCUUCCAAACAGGUGACAGAACUUCCCUCCUCCACCGACGUCCAUGGUCUCCCAACAAUGGGAGGCACGAGAAAGCCAGCAGCCACAGAUGUUUUCUGGAGCUUUCUUUCAGCAGAAACUGCAUCCCUCGCCACACAAUCGGGGAUAUCUGGCUCGCAGCAGCAAACGAAUCAUGAUGUAAACACUCAUACAAUUAACUCCACACAUCGGGAACUUCGUCCAGCUUCAGUGGCUCUUCCCGGUGGUACAACUUCAGCUGCCAAUGCAUUACAAUCUCGGAAUUUCAAAGAGAUUGCUGGGCAGCUGGUGGCUGCAGACAGCUUUAACUUCCAGGACCCAGUCCUCAGUCCCAGGACCAGCCAGCCUCUCCAACCCUCAGAAGAGGCCGUAGUCGAAAGCCACACAGACUUCCCGCCCACAGGCAAGCAUGCCAGAGACUUUGACACAGAAAUGGUUCAUUACUACUCCUCCACAAGUCAAAAUCCUAUGUCACAACUGCCCAUCCGGCCGGCCCAUCCUUUUUGGCCAACCUGGCCAAGUUUAGCUUCUGCGGCUAGCUUGCACCAAAUGCUUUCAGAUGGAACAGACGCAGGUUCACACAUUUCCAGUGACAUCUAUCUAUCACCAGGGGAAAAUGGCUCCCCACAAUUCCAGAGUGUCCUGGAAUAUCACUCAUCUACAGCCUCACCUUCCGUACCAACCGGUGCCUUUUCCAGGACCCCUUCCAAAGUGCUGCGAACCUCCCGGCGUCCCAAGAAAUGGACAGGUGCAGCCACUCACACAGGUAGUUUGUUUCCUGGUACCCAGAAAACAGUGGAAACCUCUGUGUCCUCCAAAGGAGAACUGUCAGCAACUGCAGCAGCCACCGCCACCACCACAUUGUUUCUGAGAAGAUCAAGUCCAGCGCCACUGUCUGCAGCACUCACUGCUAAGGGCACUGGCAGCAGCAGCAGCAACUUAGCCAAGAGCAGUCUGACCACUGCUCUAGCUAAAAACGUCACCAACAAGGCAGCAUCAGGCCCAAAGGUGACAGCAGGGACCAUCCACACAGCCUUCCCAUUCACACCAACCUACAUGCUUGCCCGGACAGCACACAGCCUGAGCACACACACAGCCAUGCAAGGGGCAACAGGCUCUGUGUCCGGCCUGUUGUCCACAACACACCUCCCCAAGAAGCCACAAGCCAUGCACACUGGUCUCCCUAAUCCUACCAGGCCAGACACACCCAGAGCAUCCACGCCCCGUCCACUGACAAUCACAGCUGCGCUGACGUCCAUGACGGCAUCAGUAAAGGCCACGAGGCUGCCAUCUUUACAGACAGGAAACACAGAUGCUGCUUUUCCGGCUGUGUCUACUGCAAUGGCCACAACUGGCAGAAUGGCAUCCAACUUGGACUGUCAGAUGUCCCACAAGUUCCUAGUGAAGACAGUUUUCUUCCUAACUCAGAGGAGAAUACAGAGCAGCGAGUCCUUGAAGCUUGGGGUAACCAAAGGGCUCACACAGGCAUUGCGGAAGGCUUUCCACCAGAACGACGUCUCCGCUCACGUGGACAUUCUGGAAUAUUCUCAUAAUGUCACAGUUGGCUAUUAUGCUACCAAAGGGAGGCUGGUGUAUUUGCCUGCUGUGGUGAUGGACGUGCUGGGCGUGUAUGGAGUCAGCAAUGUCACUGCCGACCUGAAGCAGCACACUCCCAACUUACAGUCUGUGGCGGUGCUUGCCUCCCCGUGGAAGCCCCAGCCUGCAGGUGCCUUCCAGCUGAAGACAGUGCUGCAGUUUGUAAGCCAGUCGGACAACAUCCAGUCCUGCAGGUUUGCCCAGACAAUGGAGCAGAGGCUGCAGAAGGCAUUCCAGGAUGCAGAGAGGAAGGUCCUCAGCACCAGGAGCAACCUAACAGUUCAGAUCGUGAGCACGUCCAAUGCCUCCCAAGCUGUCACACUGGUGUAUGCUGUGGGCAAUCAGAGCUCGUUCCUCAACGGCACCGUGGCCAGCAGCCUCCUUAGCCAGCUCUCAGCUGAGCUGGUAGGAUUCUACCUCACCUACCCUCCACUCACCAUUGCUGAACCACUGGAAUAUCCCAACCUCGACACAUCAGAAACAACCAGAGACUACUGGGUCAUCACAGUGCUCCAGGGUGUGGACAACUCACUGGUGGGCCUGCACAACCAGAGCUUUGCCCGGGUCAUGGAGCAGCGCCUGGCUCAGCUGUUCAUGAUGUCCCAGCAACAAGGCCGACGGUUUAAACGUGCUACCACCUUGGGAAGCUACACUGUGCAGAUGGUAAAGAUGCAGCGAGUGCCAGGACCAAAGGACCCGGCAGAGCUGACGUACUACACACUGUACAACGGGAAGCCACUGCUGGGGACUGCAGCAGCCAAGAUCCUAAGCACCAUCGACUCCCAGAGGAUGGCCCUGACCCUGCAUCACGUUGUCCUUCUACAAGCUGACCCCGUGGUAAAGAAUCCACCCAACAACCUGUGGAUCAUCGCUGCGGUGCUGGCUCCCAUCGCCGUGGUCACCAUCAUCAUCAUCAUCAUCACUGCUGUGCUUUGUAGGAAGAACAAGAACGACUUCAAGCCGGACACCAUGAUAAACCUGCCGCAGAGAGCGAAGCCCGUGCAAGGCUUUGACUACGCCAAGCAGCAUCUCGGCCAGCAAGGGGCAGAUGAGGAGGUCAUCCCUGUGACCCAGGAAACGGUGGUCCUCCCCAUACCUGUCAGAGAUACUCCUCAGGAAAGAGACACGGCUCAAGAUGGCAGCGCCAUCAAGACGGCUAAGUCCACUGAAACCAGAAGGAGCAGGUCGCCCAGUGAGAAUGGCUCUGUCAUCAGCAACGAAUCAGGAAAGCCCAGCUCAGGGAGGCGCUCACCCCAGAAUGGAAUGACACAGCAGAAAGUGACAAAGGAGGAGUCCAGAAAGAGAAACGUGACAGCGAGCGAUGAAGAGGAGGGAGCAGGUCUCUUUGACAGCGCUGGCAAGGCGGCAGCAGAUCCCUUUGACACCUCUUCUGGAUCUGUGCAGCUCAUCGCUAUCAAACCAUCAGCUCUGCCCGUAGUGCACCCUGCCUCCGACAGGGGACAGGAGUCCUCAGCAGCGCUCAAUGGCGAGGUGAACAAGGCUCUGAAGCAGAAAUCAGACAUUGAGCACUACCGGAACAAGCUGCGCCUGAAAGCCAAGAGGAAGGGGUAUUAUGACUUUCCCCCAGUGGAGGCAGGCAAAGGCCUGGCGGAAAGGAAGAUGUAUGAGAAAGCCCCCAAGGAAGUGGAGCAUGUUUUGGACGCAGACCCAGAACUGUGUGCUCCCUUUGCGGAGUCUAAAAACAGGCAACAGAUGAAGAACUCUGUCUACCGAAGCCGGCAGUCUCUGAAUAGUCCGAGUCCGGGAGAAACUGAGAUGGACCUUCUGGUCACGCGCGAGCGACCCCGACGUGGAAUCCGGAACAGCGGAUAUGAUACUGAGCCCGAGAUCAUAGAAGAGACCAACGUGGACAGAGUCCACGAGCCCCGGGGCUACGGCAGGGCGCGGCAGGCGAAGGGCCACUCCGAGACCUCCACACUGAGCUCGCAGCCUUCCAUCGACGAAGUCCGACAGCAGAUGCACAUGCUUUUAGAGGAAGCCUUUAGCCUGGCAUCUGCUGGCCAUGCAGGCCAGAGCCGGCACCAGGAGACCUACGGCUCCACCCAGCACCUGCCGUACUCAGAGGUGGUGACCAGUGCUCCGGGGACCAUGACACGGCCCAGGGCUGGGGUGCAGUGGGUGCCCACCUACCGACCGGAAAUGUACCAGUACAGUCUGCCCCGGCCGGCCUACAGGUUCUCCCAGCUUCCUGAGAUGGUCAUGGGCUCUCCCCCGCCCCCAGUUCCACCUCGAACAGGCCCUGUGGCCGUGGCUUCCCUCAGGAGGUCCACCUCAGACAUUGGCAGCAAGACCCGGAUGGCGGAGUCCACGGGACCUGAGCCCACCCAGUUGCAUGACAGUGCCUCAUUUGCCCAGGUGUCCAGAGGUCCCGUGUCCGUGACGCAGUUGGAUCAGUCGGCUUUAAAUUACUCAGGUAACACGGUGCCAGCGGUGUUUGCCAUCCCAGCUGCCAACAGACCCGGCUUCACCGGCUACUUCAUCCCAACACCACCCUCAUCCUACAGGAGCCAGGCUUGGAUGUCCUAUGCAGGAGAGAAUGAGCUCCCGAGCCAGUGGGCUGAUUCGGUCCCUCUUCCUGGGUACAUCGAGGCCUACCCCAGGUCACGUUAUCAACAGAGCUCCCCCUCCAGGCUCCCUCGCCAGUAUAGCCAGCCAGCCAACCUUCAUCCCAGCCUAGAGCAGGCCCCUGUCCCCUCUGCAGCUGCCUCACAGCAAAGCCUGACCGAAAAUGAGCCUCCGGACACUCCGUUGACCAACAUCUCCACUGCAGCCCUCGUGAAGGCUAUCCGAGAGGAAGUAGCCAAGUUGGCCAAGAAGCAGACAGACAUGUUUGAGUUCCAGGUCUAAAGCCUCAACUCUGAGGGGCUCUGCACUUGAAGGCUGUGAGGCAGCCAACAGGCUCCUCUCCCCUAAUGUGUGGAGGCUCUGGAUAAUAAAUAACAAUAGACAUGGUCUUUCUCACCCUCGGAUUCUAGGAGCCAACAGCAGGGCUGCAGGAAAGCAGGAAACUUGUGAACAACUGGAGUCUGACUUCUGCAGCCCAUUGUGGGUCAACAAGCCCCUAACAGGGACCCUGAGCUUGAUAUUCUGUUGGGCUGAAUGUCUGGACUGUGGGUGGAAAGUCCCCAAGGAGCCCUAGUCGAGAGAGGCACUAGCUAGCCUGCAGGUUCCUGUCCAACGUCCCAUUUUCAUAAAUCACCAGAAGGGAGAGAAUGCUGCUCUGUCUUCAGUGACCUCUGCAUGUUCUCUUUCUGUGUUAAAGGCAACACAGGAGUGUGAUUAACCACCAGACUGUACUCUUGCAUUGAGCCAUGACCAUGAUUGCUUUAAAAAAAAAAAUCACCUCUAGUCUGUAAGGGAGAUACUGACUCUCAAGCCAAGAAACUUGAUUCUCUUUGCUUUUAAAGGUUCAUGUUCAAAGUCAAAUGAAUUGGAUGGAAAUCAGUUCCAAUGGCUGUGCCUAUAAAUAGUCCUGACUCCUUUUCUCCCCCACCUGUUAAUUAAAGGCCAAGAAAAAGAGGCAAUGAGCCAGAAUGGCAGACUUGGGUUGACAGGCUGUUUAAGAGGUGUUGUCAUUUUGGAAAUAGAGUCUCCUGCAAAUCAGUAUCCAAAUGAAAGACAAUCGGUGCUAAGAGGCUUGGGAGUCUACAAAAGAGAAGCGGUUGUUUGUGGAGGUUUUGCUUUGUCCAUAUUGAGGAUGGCUUGAGAACCUGGCCAACCAGAGGGAACAAUAGAUGCAUCAACUUUAACAAGAUCUAUCUCCUACACAGUGCCAUUCAGCAUGCAUUGCUGAGUGAUUUGAAGCAGACCAUGACUGAUUCCAUUAGAAGUGGGAAAGGUGGAGCCACAGUCAUCCCAAGCUGCAGCCUCUGUUUGUAGAAACCUCUGAAUGUAGGAAAUCUUAUGUGAAAUUAAGGCAUCUUUCUUAAAAGUCUGUGGAGUUCACCAGUUCUCCAUAGUGGAUGGACACAGGAGGAAAUUUGCUGAGACAGCAGGGAUGUCCUGGUAUGGAGCAUCAGCCUGCAGAGUCCUGGGUGGAAACACUGCCUUGUAGCUCUGGGGUACCAGCCACAGAUGAUCCCUCUUGUACAAAUAAAACUGAUUUGGGGUGCCAGAAGAAAAGGAAAACCUAAGUUUCCACCCUAGCUUUGGGAGCCAUGUAUGGUGUCAGUGGGACAAUUUGGUGUGUAUUGGGGAAUAUGGUCCUACCCCACCUUCACCCAUGACCCAUCUUGCUUCUGCUGUCCCCGUGUCCCUCCUAACCCAUCUAUGCAUUGUCUUCAUGAGUUUCUUUGGUCUUUACUGAAGGAAGAGAGAGGAGAGUAGGAUUGGAACUGAUUAGAAUGGGAGAUUCAAACUGUCAAAGCACAGAACUUUCCCAAGAAGCUGUUUUUAUUUCCCUAUGGCAAACUGUCCUUUCUGGAAUGUUCAGAGAUGAUAAUGUUGUGGAAUCCCCAGACAAGUCUCUUGUGGGGAUGAUGUUAGGUAGCGAGCGCCCUUUUAGUAUGCUGGUUGAUCUUUCAUAGUCUUAGUCUUUUGUUACUUAAUAAGAAAUCAGCUAUAAAUAAAAUGUAUUUUUGUAAUUUCCAUGUGUAUAUAUGGUAUAUUUCUACCAAUGGCCAGUUGUAGUCCAAAUCCGAAAUCAGCUUGCAGAACACUGUGGCCAGUGCAAGAUUUUACUGACAGACUAAUACGAUGCCUAAACCUAGCCACACGGGCAUUUGAUGCACAUGAAUGAGCAAAGAGCCAAAGAAACUCAGCCUUUUCAUGCAAAUGGUGUAAGACUGAUAUCGCCAGCUACAUCGCUCCACUUUAUCAAUAAUAUCAGCUUUCCAUCCAUGCGGCGUAUCAACUUGGGACUUUGUGGACUUGGCAAAUGCUUGGAAUGUGAGAAAGAAGUUUCUAGACUGUAUGCUUCAAAAAGACAGUGUCUAAGCUUUGGGCUCCAGUAACUUCCAGAAAGAUCAUGAAUCCAGAGUUAACAGUGGUGUAGCUCCAGAUUUCUAGGAAGAUGAAGCUGCCGCUUGCUGGAGUCUUGGCAGAACCCAUGAAAUGUUUAGUUCAUCGGGACAAUUAAAAUAGAGCCUGGUAAAUCAGCUGCCCUUUUCAGCUAGACACCAUGGGUUCCAGAAGUCUAUGCAAAGAAAAGCUUAAAUUAAUGAAAACAUUGCUAUGCUCAUGUUUUUCUACCAUGAUUAAAGUCUCCUGGGACUAAGAUGUUGUUCUUUCCCUAAAGAGUCUCCUAAUGGUAUAGAGGUGAUAGGUCCCCAGAUAGGAGACUCUGAGAAGUUCAGAUGGUUAAAAUCAUUUGAUAUAAAAAAUGAGAUGAGGUCCCAAGGGAGCCCAGAGGAGGCAGCAGUGAGCUCAGAUCAUCAUGACCUUCCAGACAGUCACAGAAGCCAUUGAGGAUCUCAGUGGUUUGCAAGGAGGAAGCCAAACUCCAGACAAGUGGAGGGUGGAGCCCCAGCCUGCUGACUCAUGCUCCAGCCUGCUGACUCAUGUCCCAGCCUGCUGACUCAUGCCCCAGCCUGCUCUCCAUUUCACCACGCUGCCUGUACACUUGUUGGGGACACAUUUCUUUAAUUGUGCCCAGAACUUUAAAAAAAAAAAAAUAGGUAGGGUUUCUGUGAGAUUCCAUAAUACUCUUGCCAAGAAGGAGGAGGAGGAAGAAGAGGAAGAGGAAGAGAAGAUGAUCAAUUUGGUUGUUUCCAGAGAGUUCCACUAAAGAAACUAUGUCCUUAGUUGCCAGUGAAGCUUAUGGGGGUAACUUACUCAAUUCAGCACCGUGGAUUAAAAAGGCAAGCAGGGAUGCUCUGACAUUCUGUCACUGCAUCAGGUGAUCCAGUAGGGUGGGGACAUAAAGGCCUCCUGUGUGGCCUGGUACCUGAGAUCUGAGGUUGUGCAGAAUCAGGACGGUAACUGUGAGCUAUGGAAUGGGGGGACAUCACCUCCGGAAGGGUUCGAAGCAGUUCACUGUCCCAUGAAAGAUAAUGCUGUGCACUCAUUAUUUUAAAAGCCCAGGAGAAGAGCAACAGACAGACAGACAGACAGACAGAGAAACAAAAAAAGUAACAUGCAAUUUCUGAAUAAUCUUAAUACAAGAAAGAAAAUGGUAAGAUCUGUGAUUCAGAAGAAAUCCUUCUGUGGGGGAUGGUAGACUGGAGGGGCGUGACGAUUCUUAUAUCUAAGUAAAAGCAAUGUUUCCCUGCCAGGCAAAACUUGAAAUAGAUCAAAAACUAUUGAUUUCAUAUAAAUGAGCCCCAUUUUUCCCCACAGAGUACACAAGUAUUCAAAAGUUCAAUGAAUAAUGAAUGUAAUGGAAAUUUUCAAGUUCAAGAAAAAGGUUUGGGCUUAAGCCCAAUCUUAGAGUUUGGACUUCCCUUACAAAGUACAGUCCAAGACUCCCUAAGGUGUGAUGUACAGUUUAGCUUGUGACCACCCUCAAAGGUGUUCUAGUCUCAAGGACCAAAAACCUGUCCAGCCUGGCUCCAGCUCAGGGACUGACUGGAAGAGACUGGGACAAAGGGCAAAGGAGACAUCAGCCAGCCCACCUCUCUCUCUCUCUCUCUCUCUCUCUCUCUCUCUCUCUCUCUCUCUUUCUCUCUCUCCCACUCUCUCCUCUGCAGCUCCCAUCUGUCUCUCUCAGCACAUGUGUUCCACCACCCCCUCGCUUGCCUGGGCCAUCCAGCGUCCCCACUAAUGCAUAUGGAACCAAAUACCAACCUCAGAACUCACACCACACCUUUCCUUCCCAGUGCAGACUACUCUUGAACUAGCAUCUUUGAGCUUCCUUACACAAACGUUUGAGAACCUGAUUGGUCCAGUUCAUACCUGCCUGUGGUGGAUAAGCCACGCUCAGGGCAGGUGCCCAUCCAGUCAGCUGUAAGCAAAGAGGCAGGGUUCUGUCAUAUAAGCAUGGUUCCUGGAUUGACCCGUUUGGCAGGGGCUCUAGUUGAGGGUUGGUACCCCAAGGAAGGAUCAUGAUCGGCCGGACUCCUUAAAGGAACCUGCCACAGAUUGGAACUGACCAUAAGUAUCCCUAAGAUACCACCUGUCAGCCUGCACUCAGAGGGCAGUCCUCUUGAUACCGCCCUCCGUAUGAGGAAAAGGCACCUCCCACUUGUACGUGAGGUGAGAGUGCACACACCUGGUCGUCUGGUAGACUGGCCAGACUGCCCCCCAGACCCUCCCCACCCCUACCCAACCUAGUUACUGCUGCUGGGCUGCAGAAGAGAUCUCUGACCAAGGCCCAGUUAACCCGAUGCCAUGCUCAGCAGACAAUAAAUACUUGUAAAUUGAAUUGCAUGAUCUUAGCUCGGGUGCUAUUAAUGUGGCUCCCGGCCACACAUUUGCAUGGAUGAGAAAACUGACGAGCCUCUCCAUAGAGUCUCUCUGAGACAAAAUCGGUUUCAAGUGAAAAUGACGUCGCAGUGGCUCUGAGCUUCCGGCUAGAAGUGACACGUUCUGAGAACAGAAAGGGCUCCUGAUUGCUUAGGCGAACUGUUACAGAAUCUAGGUGGCCGGAAAUACUGAAACGUAGUACUGAAAUAUACUGAAAAGGGGUAUUAAGAAAUAUAAUUGUAUCUGAAACAAAUUCUCUUAGAAGAUACUGAGUUGCUUGGUUCUGUAGGUUUCAAGAAGAGGAAAAUUUUGAGAAGGUAGACUUUGUCCUCAGAGGUCAAGCCCAUUUUGAUUUAGAUGUUAUACGUAUAGAACAUCCUAUGAUAAAUCUAGAAACUAAUUGUUUCGUCCGCUGGCUUGCUCGGACUCUUGUAAAUUAUGGAAGGAGGCCAUCCAAUGUACUUUACAUAAAUUAACCGUGGCCUCACCUUGCACUCCUUCAUCUCUUCUUUGGGUCUAAACUCGCCUCCACCCUCACAUAAAUUAAGGAGAGAAAGGGAAAGGAAAUGUACCAAACAGAACCAGAGGAGUGUGGCUGGGCUGGAGACUCCGAGAGGUGGAAACAUUCUAGGACUGGAGUGACUCACUCUGGCUGGUCCGUGACUCCUCUGAGGUAAAAUGGAAAUACUAACACCUGUACUUCCUAUCUCCACGAGGAGGGUGUGUAUAAUGUGACUGAACAUGGUUUGAAAAGUGUACUGGAAUGGUUGACUAUGAAAACCUUCCCUUUGACAGUUCAGUUGGAUCCAGCUCCUGCUAGCCACUGAAUUAAUUUGUGUUGCUGUGUGUUCAAUGACACAACUUGUUAUCAAGGAAGAAUAAAGGAAUUCUGCAGUUUGUAAUUGCCCACGAAAGUCAGCCCCCAUGGAGUUGCUGUUAUCGCUGUUUGUCGCCUGGGGUUUGGGGGGUCUGUGUUUCCACGCGUGCUUUGACUCUGGGUGGGAAAAGCCCAGACUGUGAUUCUCUCAAACCACUUUAGAUGCACUGGGCAAAGUACCGAGUGGAAGCUUUGACUGUAGCUGUCGUUACUCCGUUGCUUUGCUUUCUAAUUAACUUUGUAUGUCCUUUGCCUCUGCCGGGAACAGAGUGUUCAUAUGCUGUUAGAAUUUUUUUAUUGUAAAAUAAAAUGACAAAGGCUUUCAUACCCCCCAAAA